UCUCAAGCCCACAAUCAGCCCACUGUCAGCAUCACCACCGACCACCCUUUUCCUCACUCGGCCACUCCACUCCAUUCCCAACUGCCACUCCCGUCUCUCGAUUCCAACCGCGUCCCCGGAGGCCGGAGCCAUGAAGGCCGGCGUCGACCACCACCACCACGGCCUCCACUCCCCCACCCCGGCGGCGGCGACCAAGAUCUCGAUCCCCAUCUCGUCCGGCGAGGCGGCCCUGUUCGGGAAGGGCAGGUACAAGGCGUGGGCCCUCGCGGCCAUCGCGCUCCUCGCGCUCUGGUCCAUGUUCGCCGCUUCCGUCACCCUCCGCUGGUCCUCCGGGGAGCUCGCUACGUUCGGGAACGCAAGCGACCCGCUCAUCGACGAAUUUGAUCCCCUUGAGAUGGAGGAAAGGGAAAAGCUAGCGCGCCGGAUGUGGGACGUCUACACACGCACGGGCGAUCAUGUACGGCUUCCACGGUUCUGGCAGGAAGCAUUUGAGGCUGCAUAUGAGGAGCUUGCUGGUGAUGACACACAGGCUAGUGAUGCGGCUAUAUCUGAGAUUGCUCGCAUGUCAGUCCAUAGGCCUGAGGUUGAGCAGUCGUGGAAUAAGAAUUAGGAGUGGAACAGGAUGAACAUUCGGAAGAGUUGGAACUGGUAGGCUGAAGCAGAACGGGAUGGGCAGUUGGAAGAGCUGAACUGGUAGGCUGAAGGUGAAGAUCGUUUUGUCCCUGUAAAUGAUGCCAUCCCGUCUGAAGAUCACUCGCAAAGUCUGGUGUCCGCAGCAGUUCGAGUUUUUAAGCUGCGCUGUAUAGUUGUUGACUUGCUUGCCAGUGCAAAGGAUGCAUUUGCCUGUAGCUACCUCUGCCUUCUCCAUUGUUCUUGUAUUAUUCACGCAACUGAAAACCACUCUAGUUCUGUACUCUGAGUCUCUGGGCAUAUUGACAACGUAAGAACUUUGGGCAUC